ACAUGGCGUUGUUUAUCCCACUAUUUCUGUCGCUACUAGCUACUUGGCGCCAUUGCUCAACCACAAUUGAAAAAUUAUAACAAUGAGCCUCUUCAAAACAUUAAUGUCACUGGCCGUGAAUAACACAAAGGUUGCAGUGAAAAAUAAUGGCAGUUCAUCUCUCCGACCGUUACUGUCAUGCGCGCCGGUAGCUAUGGUGGGCUUCGACCGCGGUGCUCACAGUCAGGACAUCACCAAGAAUAUCCAGUACAUCACAAAUGAUAAGAUCAAACUUACGCCGGAUCCAAAGACCAUGAAGUUGGACAAGCCGCUGAACCGUCCGAUCUGUGUUAUGAUAAACUGGCUACUGGCGCGGCAGAAGCAUGUGCUGAAGUACGCCUCGCUCUACCUCGAGCAGGGCUUCGAUGUCGUCUCGGUGUCCUGCACACCCUGGCAGCUCAUGUGGCCAAUGAAGGGAUCACAGCUGGUAGCCGGUGACCUGAUGCGACUGCUGUCUGCCAACGAGAGCGAGCAGCCGUUGGUGGUGCACGGCUUCUCUGUAGGCGGCUACCUGUGGGGCGAAGUCUGCGCCCACGUCAUGUCAAAUAGGGAACUGUACCAGCCAGUAUUGGAUCGUGUAACUGCACAGGUUUGGGAUUCUGCAGCUGAUAUAACUGAGAUCACAAUCGGUGUGCCCAUCGCUGUCUUCCCAAAGAACAAGAUCAUGCAGAAAACACUCAGAGCUUAUAUGGAAUACCACAUGAAGACGUUCCAUGAUGUGGCAACAACUCACUACAUCAGAUCAUCGCAGCUGUUCCACACCAACUUGUGUCGUGCGCCUGCACUCUUCCUUCUGUCCCGCAGCGACCCAGUCGGGGCAGAGACCAGCAACCGCGCUGUCUACGACUCCUGGUGCAAGAUGGGCAUCAAGUGCACGUGGCAGUGCUGGGACAAGUCUCCGCAUGUGCAGCACUUUAUGAAGCACCGGGAUGAGUACCUACAGCUGCUGAUGGCUCACCUCAGGCAACAUACUCACCUCGCACACAAGUCGCGCGCCCACGCCUAGCGCCUAGCGCCUAUGCGGAUAAACACCCCCCCUCACUACUAUGAAGUGAUGGAUGAUAGACAAAUAAUUUUGAAACAAAGAUGGCAGAACAGUUUUUAUAAAAUGUUGAAAUAUUAAAGUACAGAAUAUGUCAAUUUAACAAAAAUUAUAAGAAAAUAUAGUGAACUAUUUUUGUUCCGUCUAAAAACUUACUUUAUUUGUUAAUUUUUAUUAAUAAGAAAUAUAUACUCUGUCUACCCUUCUGGGUUAAGUGUGAGUUUUUUUUUUGUAGUAAGAAAUGUGUAACUAUAGACGGACAAGAUUAUCUGACCCAGUGGAUAUGUCAAACUAAAUUAUGACAGCUCUUUAGCGCCCUCAUGAUAAUGUCAUAAAGGUGUCACCAAAUCCCUUUUGACCUGUAGCUGUUAUUAACUCACUAUACCCCCACUUAGGGGCUAGAAUUCUACCCUAAGUUAAAAAAA